CAUCUGAAUAUUAACGGGAGAGCCUCAAAAAUACGCCACAUGACCAGGAAUGGAGAACGAGCAUAGUCACAUGACUGAGAGAAUAUUAAACCUCACCCUGGAGAUCAUCUACCUGCUGACCGGAGAGAUUUAUGGGCCUUUAAAGAAGCCAAGAGGACGUGUGACACGCAGAGGUCAUCCCCAUAUAACAGCAGGGUGGAUUAGGAAUUGGAGCCCCAUCAUGGAACCACCAGCUCCCUCUCUGACACCUGAGAGAAGCAAGGACAAGAAGAUCCUGGAAGUCACCCAGAAGAUCAUGGAGCUGCUGACGGGAGAGGAGUGGGAGUAUCUAGAAGGACACCGGGUCGAGGCCACUGAUGAAGACGAGAGGGGUAACGAGGAGGAAAUCCCUCCAAAGAUCAGCACAGACGGACAGUACAGGAAGCGGAAGCUGGAGAACCAUCACAUGACCCCUCCAAAUGGCGGCUUCGAUGACGUUCUAGAAGAUUCUCCAACAGGAAACUCCAUCAGCCCAGCUCAUCCGAGACUUCACCAAGCCCUUCUCUUAUCCGAGCCCCCAAUUCACGGGGCGCCUUUUUCCGAGAGGCCCCACCCUGUGGCCCAUCGUGCAGGCCACAGAUGGGUUGAGACGUUCCAGCCUUCCGAAUAUGGCAGAUGUUUCACUCCAAGUGCGGACCUUCUUCCACACCUGGCCACCUUUGGCGGUGAAAGUUUGCCAUCGUGUUCAGACUGCGGAAGGCCAUUCGCGAAGCGUUCGCACUUACUCAUCCACGAAAGGAUUCACACGGGGGAAAAGCCAUACUUGUGUCCCUACUGUGGUAAAGCGUUCGCCAAGAAUUCCCAUCUCAUAACCCACCAACGCAUUCACACGGGUGAAAAGCCCUACUCCUGUCCCCUGUGCGGCAAAAGCUUCACGGACAAGUCCAACCUCGCGAAGCACGAGGUCAUCCACACGGGCGACUACCCGUGCUCCUGCCCCGUGUGUGGGAAAGGCUUCGUACAGAAGUCCCUCCUGGACCUUCACGAAAGGGUGCACACCACCGACAGGCCCUACACGUGCCUGGACUGUGGCAAAAGCUUUGCCAAGAACUCCCAUUUUGUCAUGCACCUGAGGACUCACUCAGAGGAGAAGCCCUACUCCUGCCCCGAGUGCGGGAAGGCCUUCACCAAGAGGUCCCACUUUGUCGCGCAUGAGCUCAUUCACCGCAAGCAGAAGCCCUUCUCCUGUUCUGUGUGCGGGAAGGGGUUUGCCCAGAAGUCCAACUUGGUCACUCACGAGAGGAUCCACACCGGCGAACACCCGUUUUCCUGCUCCAUGUGCGGGAAGUGCUUCACCCACAGGUCCAACCUAGUGAGGCACGAGCGGGUUCACACCGGUGGACUUGCCUAUUCGUGCCCCCAGUGCGGGAAAUGGUUCGCGCACAAGACCCAGCUGGUGGCCCACCAGAACAGUCACAAGGAGGGGAACCUUUAGCCGUGGUACUGAUGUAGAUUGGGAAUUCAUCGAUAAAUAAA